GCCAGCUGACAAAUGGUGCGCACCCAAUGAAUCUGCGUACUGUACAUUCCCUCCUAACUGCGCGCUUGUUAGCCGAUCUCCAUCGACUUUACGCUGGGUGCAUGCGAACUGUUAGUGUUUAGAAGUCUGGGUUCAUGCUUGAAAUCAUUGUCGCAGUCUUAACGACGUAGCGCAACCCGAAAUCCUGCCACGCAUUGCUUUAAAUGGAGGAUCGCGCCACAAGCGACAGUGUUUCUGCAGCCUGCAUGCAACACGCUUCAUAUCUGUGUAUGUUCAGGUCAGAAGGGCCAGCAGAGAACAUGGAAAGAGGGUGGUUCCUUGGACAUGAGAGGAUACUCCUCCCCAAAUCUCAACAGCCAUUGUCCAGCUGCAGCAGUGUGUCUAGGUCCUUCUUGACUAUAAACGUGAAUGAAAUGCUUCGAGCUGACAAGCCCAACACCGUCAGGAAGCCUGUCCCAAUCCGCCCGCCAAGUCCAAGAGUUACUCGGCCAAAAGACUCCCACAGCUUCCUCACCUGUGAGCCUACGCCGAAGCCCAUCAUCCGACAACGGUCACGCUCUCUGCCUUCUGCCACCCAGAACAAAAAGAAACAGAGCAGAGGUGUUGGCGUGAGGUUUGUCGACUCUCUAGGCCUGGACCUGGAAGACGUUAGGGUUUUUAAAUCAGGCGAGGACCCAUUUGUGCCACAACAUGUUACCUUCAGACUCCUGAUGGGCGCCGAGAUGACAGAUGGAAGGCAUCUUGAGAUUAACUUGCCAUACCUAAAGCCGGUUUUUGCCCAACAGCCCGGUGACCAGCCGGAGUUCCUGCGGCAUCUCUACGAACAGAAAGUGUGUCUGGAGAGGGUCUUGUGCUUUGAACUGGGCAUUAUCGGAAUCACGCAAGUCCUAAAUUUAGACUUUGAGAAAGAAGUUGAAGUUCGGUAUUCGUUUACAGAGUGGAAAGGUUCUGCAGAAACUAAGGCUUCCUGGGUCUCCACUGUCACUAAAACCUGCGACGGAGAAGGAGGAAGAGGGCAGGAAUUUAGUUGCGAUACAUUUCGUUUCCACCUACCAGUCCCUCCCUCCCUUCGACCAGGAGCGCAGCUGGAGUUUGCUAUCCAAUACAAAGUUUGUGGGGCUGAAUAUUGGGACAACAACCAUGGAAAGAAUUAUAAAUUAGUCUGUCAAAACUACAAGCUAACAGUGCCUAAAGAAUGUGAAGACAGCAUGGUGCAUUUCAUUUAGGAUGCAGACUACAUGGGGUAAAAAAUGCAAUCUGAGCACUUUAAAUCUAGCAGCAAUACAUAUUGAGAAUACCUACAGAGGAUAUGUUGUUGAUUUAAGCACUGCUAACAAAAUCAUGCUAAGAGACAGAAUCUAUGAGCACUUUUAUAGAUAGAGGAGAUCGAGCACUAAGGCAUUUAUAGUUUUAAAAAUUGCACUAAAUAAAUAACGAAAUAAAUAAUAUGCAUAUAUAUGCACACUCCACACAUGGACAUUUUAAGAGGGGAGGUCACCUUGCUGGAUAUCUGAUGGAAUAAAUGAUUUCAUGCAAAAUUUGUUGCCCAUUAUUCUCUCAGUACAUUUUUACUUGGAUCCCAUUAAAUACGAUGUCCAGAGCAUUUUCCAAAUAAAAACAAUUUUACAAAAAUUGUGGAUGUUAUAUUUAGAGACGCAACAAUCAUCUUUUCCCUGGUCAAUGCAGAUUUUCAGUUUUCUAUCAGAUCUAACUGGUAAAUACCUAUUGGAUCAAUUUUGAUUUGUUUUUUGUUCUAAGCAUGGAAAAAGUAACGGAUGAAAGAGGGAAAAAAAGUGCUUUAAGUUUUCUGAUUCAUUAAAGUGUCAAAGUAUUUGUCCGUACACUUUAUCUGUUUAAUGAAAUUUUAAUCAGUGCACCAAAUUAUGAGUUUGUGGACAGUAAAUGAAACUAAACACCAAUGGGAGAUAAUCAAAGGGAAAUACUGACAGAAUGCAGUCUCUUGGUGAUUGAUUGGUCCAUCUGUAGUUAUAUUCAAUCCCAGUAUUUUUGAUUUGUAGUAAUGAAAUGUGCAUUUCAUUUUAAUAUAAUUUAAAUGCCUAAAAAUAAAAAUUGAGGUUCAUAAGA